CUAUAACAAGGCUCGAUCGAUGCCUAGGCUCCGCCCGUUGCGUUUCGUCAUUGGCUGCAGCGCACGGGCGGAGCACGCUAUUGGCCAUAAGCACGGCACACCUUGGACUAGGUGAGGAAAGCUCUGUCGGACUCAUUCCCCAGUGUGUCGCGUUCUCUUCUGUGGAGUGUGUCCUUCAUAGAGACGCAUACAUCGUCUUGUUAAUACCUCAUUAGCUCCGGGAUAGUUCUUUAUUCGAGUAGUGAGCAAUUGCUUAAUUGGUCAGAAGCUAAUUCAAGUUUUGUUGGCGCUCGUGUGCUGUCAAGGGUUUGUUGAUUUUUUCGCGCGGGUAAAAUUGAUGUUUGAUAGGACUGUUAAGUGAGGCGGUUGGCGACGGUGUUUUGUCUUCUCAGGAGGAGAUCUGUUUGUUUGACCAUCACCAGUUGCAGAUCAGCACCACCAUCAUUCUACCAGCGGGGCAACUGGGUGCAGCCGUGGCGCCAUGGCCGUCCGGCAUCACCUCCGUCGACGAUAUGGCACACAAAGGGCAUAGCGGUGUGAACCAGCUAGGGGGGGUAUUCGUCAGCGGACGACCCUUGCCCGAUUCCACCAGACAGAAGAUCGUCGAACUGGCACACUCCGGAGCACGACCCUGCGACAUAUCCAGGAUACUCCAGGUCUCCAACGGAUGCGUCUCCAAAAUUCUCGGCAGAUACUACGAGACGGGUUCGAUAAGGCCGCGGGCGAUCGGAGGUUCGAAACCCCGUGUGGCCACCGCCGAAGUGGUCUCGAAGAUCUCCGCAUACAAGAGGGAGUGUCCGUCGAUAUUCGCCUGGGAAAUCAGGGACCGACUCCUACAAGAAGGGGUCUGCACUAACGACAACAUACCCAGCGUGUCUUCAAUAAACCGCGUGCUUCGCAACCUGGCCGCCCAGAAAGAACAAACAACGGGCAGUGGCGGUACGGCGCCAUCUAGCGGCGAUGCAGUGUACGACAAGCUGCGGCUGCUAAACGGGGGCGGUAACAGCCAACCAGGGGGCGGUUGGCGGCCCGCCGCCCCUUGGUAUGCGCCCGCCCAUCACCAGGGAGCGUUUCCUAUGCAACCCCUGACGCCGCCCACGAGCACUCCUGGAUCAGGAGCGGACGAGAUGCAUGCGCCUUUAGGAAAAAAGGUCGACUUAGACGGGAUACAUUCUGACGAAACGAAUUCUGGAGACAACUCGAAUGCUGGCUCUAGUAUAGGUCCUGAUGAUGACCAAGCUAGAUUACGAUUGAAACGGAAGCUUCAAAGAAACCGAACGUCUUUCACCAACGAUCAAAUCGACAGUUUAGAAAAAGAAUUUGAACGGACGCAUUAUCCUGAUGUCUUCGCUAGGGAACGGCUAGCAGCAAAGAUCGGUUUGCCGGAAGCACGGAUUCAGGUGUGGUUUUCGAACCGUCGAGCAAAAUGGCGUCGUGAAGAGAAGUUGCGUAACCAGCGACGUGGUGCCGGGGGUGCAGGUACCCCUACAGGACCUCAUCAACCCACCCCUGACCACCACCCUGGACCGGCUGCAUCCCCUAGGUUUGGCAACCCCGCUGCAGCAGCAGCUGCUGCGGCUGCGAUGUAUUCUACGAUUGGAUCUGGGAUGUCCAUUGCUGAUACUUACAGCACGAUGUCCAGCAUGCAGACCUUCUCCCCGAUCGGCGCGCCGUCUACCGGCGGCGGCCUGUCAUCCCCCGGAAUGGGCGGUCCUUCCCCAGCAGGGGCGUGCCUCCAGCAGCGUGACAGUCCUCCAGGAGGCGGUAUGGGCGGGUAUUGCAGGGGGCCGCCGUCCUACGACCACCACUUGGGGCCUUUGGCAGGUUAUGCAGCGCGGCCUGCCCCCUGUAGUCCCGCGCAGCCCUAUCAGAUGAAUGGGCAUCAGUAUGGAGCGAAUGGAGCUGCUUCUACAGGAUUGAUAUCACCUGGAGUAUCAGUGCCCAUAGCUGUCCCUGGACAAACAGAUAUGUCCCACCAAUCAUACUGGCCACGAAUACAGUGACCAUGGUGGAACUAAGUGACAGUUGUUUGUUACGUCUAACAAUGAGCUUUACAUUUGAUGUUUUCUCAUUCUCAAUGUACUCGCGUUGAUAAAGAAACUAUCAACGCCAAAAAUAUGUGUUGGAGAAAUUUGAACUAGAUGCCUCUUUGAAACUACGUGUAGUCAAAUGACACGGGCAACCAAAUUCCCAUCCUCACUUAACGAGAUUUAGCUAAUAUAGUAUAGAACACAAUUCGGUGAAAUCCUAUUAUAACGAAGUUCAGAUUUCUCUUUCACUCCACAUACAGGGUGGUUCCUAGCUGUACUACUCUACUACUUCAAGAAGUGGACAAGUUCGAUUUCGGGAUGAUUUUAGGUAGAGGUCAAAAUAGGUCAGACAGUACUUGAUAAAUGAGAGUAGUAAGUGUUUCCAAGAACUACCCUGGUCUUUCAUGCAUCCUCGUAAAAAAUCUUGGCUAUUAUCAUAAUUUGUUGCAAUAACUCAUAGUGCAAUGUUAUUGUAUUCUUCGUAGAAUUAUCUCUCUUAAUUUGAAGCCAUCUAGAAUUCAAAUUUACUCAGAAUUACCGAUAUAAGAUGUAUUCAAGAUUUUUUAUGUAAUGUGACUAAUGCAAUUGUACAAAAGAAAGUACUAUUUUUAACAAUUUGCCAAAAUUGAUAUCGUUCCAAAGAACUAUAAAUGCGCAUUACAAAUGUUUGAGUAUUAUGUGAUGUAUUUAAAUAUAUUUAUUGUAUUCUUUGAAUCGUGUGUAUGUCUCACGAUAUUAAGACAUAUCCCAAAAUCUGUAUGUAAAGAUUGUAAAGUGUUUAAUUUAAUAGAAAACCACCUUUGUGCAUGUGAUUUUUACAGUUUUGAUUAUGUAUACUAGUGUACGAUUCUUUUUAAAUAACUGUUUAUAAAAAGGUUGUCUGUAUGUAAAUAUACCAGGAAGAUAAAAUAUAUAAUUUAUAUCCAAAUGAAUAACUUUUAUAGUUUGCUUUAAACAUGAUAAAAGACAACCGCAAUAUGGAAGAAUGAAAAUAUGUAGAGUUUAAAAUCCAAUUUAUUGCGCCCUUAUUU